AUGGUAGGAUUUGUCGCCACGAAUGAAAUGACUCACGUUUGCCCACCGGCGCUCCAAUUCCUGGAUUUUCUGAUCCAACUGUGCGGUUUUGUGACGGAUCAUCUUCGAAGUCGUCAUGAUUAUCGUUUCACACGUCCCUUGGUUUGGCACCACCUCUCCAGGAAUUCCAGCUUUUCCAUCAUAAGCACGGCUUCCGGAUCAACAGCCGACAAAAUCUAUUCAUCAUUCGGACGUGAUCGAAAAAUGGAAGAAGAAGCGAAACAAAGCAACUUGCUUGAAACAAGACGAUUUGGAGAGGAGAACAUGGAUCCAUCGAGAGAAAUCCAGAGUCACAAUGAGUACACAAAUCUCGGAGAAUUCCAGGAGCAGACACAUGUUCCAGUUGCUCAUUCAAUUGAUAGCAUCAUCAAUGACCACCCAUCUAUCACAAACCAUAUGCCGCAUUACAACAUCUACGAUGACUAUACCACAAUGAUUCAGUCGGGGACGUCCAACUACAGUAAGCCGACGAUUCAAAGUCUCGGCUUCUCAACUUACCCGUCGACUGAUUCAACAUCUGUCACUUCCACAUCAUCGGAUUGUUCGUCUGGCAGAAAUUCCAGCUCGCCGCCUUCCAUCAUUUCCAGCACGACUAUCGAUCCAUCAGUCACCCCAAAUAUCAAUUUAUCAUUCGGACGUGGUUCAGUGGAUUUAACCCUUCAAGAGUAUGAAACGGUGCAAGAACGGAUUCAACGCAAAGGAACAUACGGACACACCAGACCCCCGUACUCGUACGUUUCAUUGAUCUCUAUGGCUAUCAAGAAGUCGCCGACAGGUCAGCUGACACUCGCAGAAAUCUAUCAGUGGAUAAUGGACGUCUUCCCGUUCUACCAUAAUUAUCCACAAAAAUGGCAGAACUCUGUUCGACACUCCCUCUCGUUCAACGAUUGUUUUGUGAAAGUUCCGAGAACGCCAAAAAAUCCAGGCAAAGGAUGCUACUGGACUCUUCACGAAAGCUGCGGAGAGAUGUUUGGGAACGGAUGCUAUCAACGCCGUCAAAAAGUAUUCAAGGUCAAGGAGACGAGGGAGCCGAAAAAGAAGACGUCACAACAAAAAAAUCAAGUCGUGUCAAAGGUAAUGCUCGAGGACAAGAAGGACACGGCAGCUGCUGGAACGGUGUCCAAUGAUAGUGCGGCGACGUGGAAUUCAACCAACAACAAUCAAGUGACUUCUAGUGUUGACACUUAUGGAGAUACACAGAUGAACUUCGACGGGCACUAUCCUCCAUUACCGUACGAAUACAAUGAUCUCAACACUGUUUUCUACGAUUCGCCGAGUACAGAUGUCAAUGACUACACUGGAUACCAGGAGACAAUCUACCCGAACUCGCCGAGUACUCUCUGA